UCAGUGUGUACUGAGCGCCAUCGCUAUUGGCUGCGGUGAUAUUAACGACCGUUAGGCUCGCGGCAGCAGCAUGUCAGUGUGGGAAAGCGAUGGAGAGGGAGUCGCUCCUGUAAACAGCGGGGAGAGAGUGGAAAACGAGGCGGGAAGGAUUGGAAAGAAGGCGUUUAAGUAGUCCAACGUCCUUUUGGGCUGAAGCUGGGCUGUGGAGAGUGAAAAGCCGAGACGGGUGUCGUUUCUUCGGCGGGAGAGAGAGGCUCGCGCGGCUGCUGCUGCUGCUCCGUGGACCUGCGCCGCACUGUAUGAGGAGAAACGGAAUACAUCACUUCUCUGCGUUGAGUCAUACCAGUGGAAGUGGACUGAAGCAAUGAUGGCAGCUCAUAAUCACCAGAGAGACUGUUCUACCACUGAAGUAUUACAGAAAAUUAACAGCCUCACUUCUGCUUAGCUGAAACACAACCCCCAGAGGCAUAUGCUGGUCAUUUUACCUUUAUUUAUUUGGCCUGUAUGCCCUUUCCUAUAUUGCAGAGACAAGGAGACUUAGUAAAGGGCCUCCCUGCAUCAGCACACAGUAGAUCAACCAGUCAAAGCCCAGGGAACACAAUGUGGGAUUAGAUCUCCAUCACCUGAUCAACAAAUGGUCCAUUAUUUUUGAAGAGCUCUGACCACUUAAUUUACAAGGACCCAUUAUUUGCUGGAGGGAAUCAGGCCAAAAUGAAAGACAUAUCAUUUGUGGAUUAUUUGCUACUGGGGUUUGCAAUGACUACCUUUGUUCUGGCUGUGGAAGAGAAGGGCAGCUGCCCCAAGCUUUGUGAGUGUGAGAUUAGGCCCUGGUUUUCCCCCAGCUCUGUUUAUAUGGAGGCUCCUACGAUUGACUGUAAUGACUUGGGACUUUUUAACUUUCCAUUAACAUUACCUGCAGAUACGCAAGUCAUUUUACUACAGACAAACAACAUCGCCAGAAUUGAGAAGCCUUUGGAUUACUUGCUCAACAUCACAGAGAUUGACCUUUCUCAGAACAACAUAUCCUCCAUAAGAGACAUCAACCUUGGCCACCUCCCUCAGCUCUUGUCCUUGCAUAUGGAAGAAAACUGGAUAUGCUCCCUACCGGAUAAUGCCCUAUCUCAACUCCUCAAUCUUCAGGAACUGUACCUAAACCACAACCUUAUUUCUUACAUCUCCCCUGCUGCUUUCUUUGGGCUUCACAACUUGCUCAGACUUCAUCUCAAUUCAAACAGGCUUCAGAGCUUAAAGAGUGAAUGGUUUGAGUACCUGCCCAAUCUAGAGAUCCUAAUGAUUGGAGAAAACCCAAUCCUCUCCAUACAGGAAAUGAACUUUAAGCCCUUAAGAAACCUGCGCAGUCUUGUUCUUACAAGGAUGAACCUGUCUAAGAUUCCAGACGAUGCACUGUCAGGCCUUGACAAUCUGGAGAGCAUUUCUUUCUAUGAUAAUACUUUCCCUAUGGUUCCUCAUGGUGCCCUCCGACACCUUAAGAACCUCAAAUUUUUGGACCUUAAUAAAAACCCAAUUGGACGAAUUCAGAGAGGUGACUUUGUGGACAUGCUCCAUCUGAAAGAGUUGGGCAUUAACAACAUGCCAGAGUUGGUUUCCAUUGACAGCUUUGCUCUCAACAACCUUCCGGAACUGACCAAGAUUGAGGCUACCAACAACCCGAAACUGUCCUAUAUCCAUCCCAAUGCCUUCUACAAGCUACCUAGGCUGGAAACUCUAAUGCUGAACGGAAAUGCCCUCAGUGCCCUUCAUCGGAUCACUGUGGAGUCUCUCCCCAAUCUACGGGAAGUCAGCAUGCAUUCCAACCCCAUCCGCUGUGACUGUGUAGUGCGCUGGAUGAAUAUGAACAAAACCAACAUCCGCUUCAUGGAGCCUGACUCCUUGUUCUGUGUGGAACCCCCGGAGUACGAAGGUCAGCAUGUGCGCCAGGUUCAUUUCCGCGAGAUGAUGGAGAUCUGCCUGCCUCUCAUCUCUCCAGAUAGUCUGCCCACUCAAGUCGCGAUAGACAACGGGAGCUCCUUGUCCCUGCACUGCCGGGCCUUUGCUGAACCAGAGCCAGACAUCUACUGGGUUACUCCGUCUGGGCACAGGGUCCUUCCGAAUGCUGUGGCGGAGAAGUUUUACAUGCAUCCCGAAGGCACUCUCGACAUUUAUGACAUCACAGAGCGAGAGGCCGGACUGUAUACGUGUGUGGCGCACAAUCUUGUCGGUGCAGACCUGAAGUCCGUCUCUGUGGAAGUGAACGGAUACUUCCCACAGCCUGCCAAUGGCUCUCUCGAUGUCAUCAUCCAGUCGGUGCAGGCCAACUCUGUGCUGGUGUCCUGGAAAGCCUCUCACGGAAGCCUGGCUCCAAAUAUCAAGUGGUACACAAUGCCCAGCACUGACCAUCCAACUGUAGCCUUCACAGCAAGAGUCCCAUCUGAUAUGAGGAUGUAUAAUCUCACACAUCUCAGUCCCGCCACUCAGUAUAAAGUGUGUGUGGAUGUAAGGAGCACCCAGCACAAGCAUAACACCCAGUGUGUCAAUGUCACUACGAAAGGAUUAGAGCGAGCUGUGGAAGACACUGAGAAGUGGGACACAGCAGUGAUCGCCAUCUUUGGCGUGCUUCUCACCACCAUUUCCAUAGCUUGCUUGCUGAUUUGCAUGUCUCUAAGGAACCACCACUACCUUUACGGGGAGUUAAGGAGAUGUCCAUCAAAGAUGGCACUGACACCUGAGGCUGGCACGCAGUCUUCUUUUACAAGGCUAUGGGUUUCUGGGAAGGGGAUGCCGGCUGCUGUGGAGGUGAAAGCUACAGUCAUAAAUGUGUUGGACAAUGCCUUCUAAGCAGCCCACUCAGAGGACUUCUGCAGAAACCAUAGCAAGCUGACAGGGCAUGGAAGGAGAAAAACGUACCGUUGCAAAUGUGUAUCCUCCUUUUGCCUUGACAUACAAACAACUAUUGAAAUGGAAGAGGUGUCUUCACAUUUAACCAGCGCUAUAACCCCGAUAAUGACCAGUUCCAGGUGGCAGAGGAGGCAGAAUUGUGGUCUCUAGGAGGAGGAAAGUCAAAGUCGAGACUCUUCUUUGAAAAUGAAACAUGAAGUAUGGAUUGCGAUUAUUCUGGGUCAUUCACUGGGUGCAGGUGGUCAACAAAUGGAAACAAAAGAAAGGUGUUAUUUCUUAUAAAAUGACUGUUAAUCAUGUAAACAGUAGUGAAGCAGUCCUUGUGGUCCCAAGCAAUACCGUCUGUGCUGUACAACAUCCAUAGACGCGUUAGAGAGGCCAAUUCUUUGUAAAGGGGAACAUCCAGUAGACUAGACAAUUAUAGUGACUAUGGUGUAAAUUUUUGAUGAAAUAUAUCUUUUUUCUAUUUAAUAGAGGAUUUUGACUUUUCAUGGCUACAAUUGUUAUAUAUUCUAUCCAAAAAUGUAACAGAUAUGUUCUGUGCAGUAGCCAGGUAUUAAUACCAGUGUGAAUCCAAAAUUAAUUACAGUAUGAAAGAAGUAACACACAUAAAGCUAUCAGAUAUCUCACUUCUGCUGUCUAAAACUGUACGUCAUAAAGAAUAGAUUCAAAAUACAUGAAACAGCAGUACGCCGGCCACACAAAACAUCAGAGAAGCAUCUCCUGGUGUAGAAUUUGGGUAAAACUUUGUUUAAGCCAGGGUAAGUGCCUACUUCAAGGAGAGUGUGUAAACUAGGAAAAUGCCAGAAUAUCACUCACAGAAUAUAGCGGUUUCUUGUCAGACCAGUGCAGAACAGCGCAGAAGUUACGGCCGCAGCUUCACAAGCCAAUCUCAGCUCAACCCUUCAUUGGAAAUACCGUCUCAGUACUUUAAGCAUUCACAUGGUUCAACAGCAUUGCGUUCUUGCUUUGGGUGUUAAAGUUAAAAGCCAUUUUUAUAUUGACUGUGCUGUCUGUGAUACCUGCGCACAUUAGUCAACAAGACUCUGUGCAAAGAAGAAAAUACUGAAUAAAUGUCAACGUCUUUUUGCAAUCA